AUGAAAUUUCCAAUCGAGACGCCAAGAAAACAGGUGAACUGGGAUCCUAAAGUGGCCGUUCCCGCAGCAGCACCCGUGUGCCAGCCCAAGAGCGCCACUAACGGGCAACCCCCGGCUCCCGCUCCGACUCCGACUCCAACUCCGCGCCUGUCCAUUUCCUCCCGAGCCACAGUGGUAGCCAGGAUGGAAGGCACCUCCCAGGGGGGCCUGCAGACCGUCAUGAAGUGGAAGACGGUGGUUGCCAUCUUUGUGGUUGUGGUGGUCUACCUCGUCACCGGCGGUCUCGUCUUCCGGGCAUUGGAGCAGCCCUUUGAGAGCAGCCAGAAGAAUACCAUUGCCUUGGAGAAGGCGGAAUUCCUGCGGGAUCACGUCUGUGUGAGCCCCCAGGAGCUGGAGACGUUGAUCCAGCAUGCCCUUGAUGCUGACAAUGCAGGAGUCAGUCCAAUAGGAAACUCUUCCAACAACAGCAGCCACUGGGACCUCGGCAGCGCCUUUUUCUUUGCUGGAACUGUCAUCACCACCAUAGGGUAUGGGAAUAUUGCUCCGAGCACGGAAGGAGGAAAAAUCUUUUGUAUUUUAUAUGCCAUCUUUGGAAUUCCACUCUUUGGCUUCUUAUUGGCUGGAAUUGGAGACCAACUUGGAACCAUCUUUGGGAAAAGCAUUGCAAGAGUGGAGAAGGUCUUUCGAAAAAAGCAAGUGAGUCAGACCAAGAUCCGGGUCAUCUCAACCAUCCUGUUCAUCUUGGCUGGCUGCAUUGUGUUUGUGACGAUCCCUGCUGUCAUCUUUAAGUACAUCGAGGGUUGGACCGCCUUGGAGUCCAUUUACUUUGUGGUGGUCACUCUAACCACGGUGGGCUUUGGUGAUUUUGUGGCAGGGGGAAACGCUGGCAUCAAUUACCGGGAGUGGUAUAAGCCCCUAGUGUGGUUUGGGAUCCUGGUUGGCCUUGCCUACUUUGCAGCUGUCCUCAGUAUGAUUGGAGACUGGCUACGGGUUCUGUCCAAAAAGACAAAAGAAGAGGUGGGUGAAAUCAAGGCCCAUGCCGCGGAGUGGAAGGCCAACGUCACGGCCAGUUCCAGGGAGACAAGGCGAAGGCACAGCGUGAGAUCCACCGAUAAGCUGCAGCGGGCGGCCACGAUCCGCAGUAUGGAGCGCCGGCGGCUGGGCCUGGACCAGCGGGCCCACUCGCUGGACAUGCUCCCAGAGAAGCGCUCUGUCUUCGCCGCCCUGGACACGGGCCGCUUCAAGGCCUCUUCCCAGGAGAGCAUCAACAACCGGCCUAACAACCUUCGCCUAAAGGGGCCGGAGCGCUGAACAAGUCACGGGCAGGGCGCGUCCGAGGACAACAUCAUCAACAAGUUCGGGUCCACCUCCCGACUCCCAAAGAGGAAAAACAAGGACCUCAAAAAGACCUUGCCCGAGGACGUUCAGAAAAUCUACAAGACCUUCCGGAAUUACUCCCUGGAUGAGGAGAGAAGGAGGAGGAGACGAAAGAUGUGUAACUCAGACAACUCCAGCACAGCCAUGCUCACGGACUGUAUCCAGCAGCACGCUGAGAUGGAGAACGGGAUGAUACCCACGGACACCAAAGAGCGGGAGCUGGAGAACAACUCAUUACUUGAAGACAGAAACUAA